GGGUUAAGCCAUGGUUUCCACUUGGGUUACAAAGGUAACCGCUUCCCCAGAGCUGCCAAGAAUCUCCCAUCUGCCAUCCAACAACCCCAAGUUAUUGAGAAAAACCUGCUAGAGGAAGUCCAGCUUGGUCGCCUGGCUGGCCCCUUUGAAUCCCCCCCUUUUCAAAAUUUUCAAAUUCAUCCCCUCGGCCUAGUCCCCAAAAAGGGAAGCCAAAAGUGGCGCACUAUUUUCCACCUAUCCUACCCCAAGGGGUCCCCGGAUAGCUUAAAUGCUAACAUACCCAUUGAGGAUUACACCCUUCAGUAUAUUCGGAUUGACGAUGCCAUUGCCCUGGUCCUCAACCACGGCCCCGGGUGCUUUAUGACAAAAACUGACAUACAGUCCGCUUUUCGAAUUAUCCCCGUUCACCCCGGGGAUUGGGAACUCUUGGGGAUGUCCUGGAAGGGUCGUUAUUACUUCGACAAAGCCCUCCCCUUCGGGCUAAGGAGUGCCCCUUUUCUCUUUAAUCAACUCGCUGAUGCCCUGGAAUGGUUGGUCAGACAACACCUGAACAUCCCCUCCAUCAUACACAUUCUCGACGAUUUUUUCAUUGUUCAACCUGCCCCCUCGUCCCUUUGUGCCACAGCCCUCUGCCGGGUUCUUACCCUCUUUGAGGAAUUAAACAUUCCCCUUGCCCCACAGAAAACCUUUCGCCCCACCCAAGUUCUUGAAUUCAUGGGAAUAACACUCGAUUCCGUAAACAUGCAGGCUCGUCUCCCCGAGGAUAAGUUAAGUAAUGCCCGGUCCCUGCUA